AAACAAAAGAUCCACUCAUUUGAGACUUAUUCCAGGCCAGAGGGGACAGAGAUGGGAUGCAUCAGGAGGCCUUUGGUUCCUUCCACCUCUCCUGUUCUAAUGGAGAAGGAGUCCAGGAUUCGACUUGCCUCACAUGGAGAUUAUGGGAAGGGCAAAAUCCCACAAAAGAUCCAGGCGAACCAGUCUGCAUCCCCUAGGGGCACAGACAACAAAAAUGUCUCUGCUACAAGCUCUGCUAUCACCUCCUCCACUUCUGAAGCUUCCAGUCAAACAGCCAAGACCCCUGAAGAUAAGCCUCUCUAUAUCCAAUCCCCAACAGAUCUCCCACUUUCUGACACCAUCAGCACUUAUCUGAACUCAGAGAUACACGAUUGCAAUUCAGCUCCAAUCCAUGAUGAGAGGAGUGUCUUUCCAUGCAAACCUGGGCUGGAAAAAAUGGAUCUUACCAUGUCCACAGAGGACAAAGUCCUACCGCCUGUAACAGCUAUGAGAUCCAAUCAAGCUGCAGGGGAAAGUCAUCAUGAAGGGAUGGAGGAAUAUGGAGCACAGAGCCAAGAGAAGUUGCUGAGCACACCUCAGAAUGCUGCUCUGCCCACAGACAGUAACCCCUUGAGAAGCCCGGAUGGAGAGAGUUUAGAGAAAAUCCUUGUCUUCAGUAACCAGGUAAUCUUUCAUGUGAGGGACAAGGCUAAUGUUUGACUUUAUUUGUCAUGU